AUGGGCAAGCAGGCACCGCAGGGGCCCUCGCAGCGUCGCCAGAAGUGCUGCAUGGGCGCCCUGUACUACAGCCAGGCCCUCAUGGACGGGAGAAAGGAACCGGUGUGCGCCGGAUUCCGCCGGACCCACAAGGCCGGGGAAGGCGCCGCUGAGCCGCAAGCGGAGGCGUCCAACCUCUCCGAUUUCAAGUACAUGUGUGUGGGGUACUCGGUGUACGACGAGCAACGCAUCAGGCAGCAGCCCUCGCGGCAUGAUGCCACGGGCGGCAGCGUCGACUUGCCCUAUUGCGAGGGCCUGGAGAUAGUUUCGUCACGGCAUCUGCAAGGUGGUCCAGUCCUGCUGAAGGAGGGAAUAGAUGGACAGAACCCCACACAGGAGCAGUCCGCUGAAGGAAAGAACAGAGGGGCACCAAGCUUUGUGUCUACACCUCGAGGCGUCAGUUGGGAGAAGUUCCCUGAAAGAAGAUGCAGCAGAAUGCAAACUACCUUGCAACCUCCAUGA